AUGGCCUGGAUUAAGCACGUGCGAAGCGCGAUCAAAUUGAUUUUGGUCGUGCUCGCUGUUCUUCUCUCCUUGUUCCUGGUCCAUCAAUGUUUCUUGCCGAUACUCGCCUUCGUCUUCCCAAGUCUUGGCUCGACAUUUUUCGACCUGGGAGUCUACGGCCUAUAUCCUACGCAACAAUACAUAUCAUUUGACCUCCUUGGACCGCAAGCGAGACGAGUACGAUGGGACGACCGGUGCGAUAAUGGCUACCUGCUCAUGACGCCCAAUGGCCCUUCAGUUGAAAGGCCUGGCCCGAUGAUGCUGGAUGCGAAGGGCGAGUUGGUUUGGAUGUCGGACGACUUUGGCGCCACCGCAAAUCUCAAGGUCCAACGGUACAAGGGCGAGGACUACUUGACGCUAUGGAGUGGCGAGAAGGCCGCAACGUCAGGUAAAGGUGUCUACUUCAUGAUCGAUUCCACGUAUCAGGUCGUGCGCAUGGUUUCGGCGAUGGGGAAGGAUCUAUUUGGAGACCUUCACGAAUUCAAAAUCACCGAAAGCGGAACCGCGCUGCUGUCAAUCUACAACACUACUACCGCAGACCUAAGAGGAAUGGGCAGAGGUCGAGGGGCCAAUGGAUGGAUUGUUGACAAUCUCUUCCAGGAAAUCGAUCUCGAGACCGGCGAAUUGCUCUUUCAAUGGUCGGCAGCUGCGAACUUUAACCCCAUGGAAACAUACAUGACGAAUCCGUUUGGGGGCUACUGGGAGAGCAUUCCAUUCGACUUCUAUCACUUGAACAGUAUCGACAAGGACUCGCAAGGAAACUACCUCAUCUCGUCCAGACACUUCCACCAUGUGACGUGCAUCAGUCCAGCUGGUGAGAUUCUAUGGAUUCUGGGAGGCCGGGACAAUCAAUUCGAGGACCUAUCCGAAGGACGAGCGACCGACUUCAGAUGGCAGCACGAUGCGCGAUGGGUUUCAGAGGAAGAAGGCAUUCUGACGCUCUUUGACAACCAGAAAGCAGGACCACUGCAUUCUGAUGCCGCAGCCAGCCGAGCCAUGUUCAUCAAGCUCGAUAUCCCCAACCGAACCGCAGAACUGGUGCAAUCAAUGGAGUCCUUACAAGGCAUUCUGGCGUCUUCCCAAGGCUCGGUACAGGUUCUGCCGGACAGCGAGCACACUUUCGUCGGCUGGGGCUCUGCAGCUGCGUACUCUGAGUACGACCAAGCGGGGGAGAUGUUAUGCGAAACGCACCUUGGAGCCUCAUGGUUCUACUGGUUCGAGCGCUUCAAGUCUUACCGCACAACAAAGACCUUCACCUGGCGAGGCAAUCCUAAGAGCCCGCCUCAGGCCAAGAUCGAGGACGCCUCGCUUUUUGUCAGCUGGAAUGGUGCUACUGAGGUCGCAUACUGGGCGCUCGAGGCGUCGCGCGAUGAGGCAUCUUCAGAAAUUGCUGUCGGAGCUCAGACCGAGGAUCUUCGAUCGCAGAGAUGGGAGAAUAUCGACAUCAUCCCGAAGGCGGGCUUUGAGGGGGCGUUCGACCUGCCAAGCCUGCCCUCAAGCGAGAGGCCCUUCACACAUUACCGCGUGGCUGCUCUCGACAAGGAGCACGCUAUCUUGCGAUACUCAGACCCCAUUGGUUACGACGAAGACAGCACCGAAUCCUCGACACUGAUGAUUCUAUUCAAACUCUUCUUGGUAGUCGGCAUCUUGGCAGGUGUCCCACUCAUGUUCAAGUUCUACCGCUCAGGACAGUCCUUCCGCUCGUGGUCGAAUACGCAAAAGCCUGUCUGGGCGGAUUGGACCCCACCGUCUUCCUACUUGAGACGGGCGCAUCGCUCUGUGCCCUCCGAAUGGAUUAAGAUGAAGUGGACGGGUGCACGGCGGCCGAGAUGA